AUGACAGCUCAGCUUUGUGGUCUCUGGCUUGACAGCCUUGCAGGCACACUUACCGGAGAAUCACUCCACCGCCUCAGCAGCCGCCACUGUCCACCCUCGGCCUCUCUCACGGUUGCGCGUCAAUCUACUUCUUCGUCCUCCAUCCAGAUUGUUGGUGGUGGAUUUUACGGCAAUGAGCGUUCAAAGCUGAGUAGUACUUUAGAGAGUGUCCCUGAAGAAUUUGAUUGGAUAGAUUUAGAGGCUGAUCUUUAUCACUGGACAAAGACUUUACGCCCAGUUCAGUGGUAUCCAGGUCACGUUGCAAAAACUGAAAAAGAACUCAAGGAUCAGCUAAAACUGAUGGAUGUUGUUAUAGAGGUUCGAGAUGCAAGGAUACCUAUGUCCACAAGUCAUCCACAGAUGGAUUCAUGGCUGGGUAAUAGAAAGAGAAUUAUUGUUUUGAAUCGAGAGGACAUGAUAUCCACUGCUGACCGAAAUACUUGGGCUAGCUAUUAUGCCAGGCAGGGGACAAGAGUCGUCUUCUCCAAUGGGAAGCUCGGAAUGGGCACCCUGAAGCUAAGUAGGUUGGCAAAGUCAUUGGCAGGAGGUGUUAAUGAAAAACGCAGAGCAAAAGGACUACUUCCUCGUCCUGUUCGAGCUGGAAUAGUUGGCUAUCCCAAUGUUGGUAAAUCAUCUUUGAUAAACCGUUUGCUGAAGCGACGAAUGUGUCCUGCAGCUCCAAGACCGGGUGUUACUAGAGAACUAAAAUGGGUCCGCUUCGGGACAGACUUAGAAUUUCUGGAUUCUCCAGGCAUAAUUCCAAUGAGAAUCAAUGAUCAGUCAGCUGCCAUUAAACUCGCAAUAUGUGAUGACAUUGGGGAGAGAUCUUAUGAUGUUUCUGAUGUUGCAGCAAUUCUUGUUCAGAUGCUUUCAAGGCUUCCAACAGUAGGAAAUAAAGCUCUUCAUGAUCGCUACAAGAUUGAUACUGACGGUCGUGUUGGUCAAAUUUUUGUUCAGAAGCUUGCACUUCAGUUGUUUAAUGGAGAUUCUCAUCAAGCAGCAUUUCGCAUCCUAUCAGAUUUCAGGAAAGGAAGGUUCGGCUGGGUAGCCUUGGAGAGGCCUCCCAAGUAG